AUGUCAGAUGAACAGAUUUUGCAUAUGAUGCUGCCCAACGCAAAAUUUGCGGAAGAUUUGGAUCGAUUGCUGUUGUGGCUAUCGCCUGCUGAACAUCAGUGUAAACCGCCAUCCUUGAGGAUAAAAAAAUCCAUUCAGAGGAUCAGAGAGUGUUUCCAACUUUCUAGUGAUUUCACCAAUUGUCUUGUGAAACUAUAUAUUGAUCUGAUUCGGUUUGAGUUUAUAUCGUACAUGAAGGAGAAUGCCAAUUGUUUGAAAUUUAAUGACGUGCUGAAAUUAGAAAACAGGAUUGAACACCCUCGUCUUUUCAUUCCAGAGCUGGAAUUUGAGUAUUUUAAGAAUCUCCAUAUGUUGAGGCACUAUUUAUUAGAUAGUGACAAAUCUUUUAAGACUGCGCUUUGUACAAGCAUAGAGAACUUGAUUAUGGAAGAUGAUUUUUAUUCUGCUACUAUAAUCCUAGAUUGGAUCGAUAGUGCAUAUUCCAUUGAUUUGUCACCAAAAGAUCUUGUCCUCGACAUGCUGGUGAAAAAGAUAGCAGGUAUUUGUAGUGGAUCAAUUCGGGGUUCAUGGACUAGAAGAUUCAUUGUCAUUGAGACAUUUAACGAUUUCAUAGAAGUCUAUUGGUCUCAUUUCGCCCAAUUGUUGAAAUGUCCAGAAAAUGACCAUGAGUUGACCAAGACCGUUUUUAAAUGCUUCGAAAGGGAAUUUAUUAACAUUAGAAUCAAUGAAAUUUUUGAAAUUUUCACUUCUGCAUAUCCUGAGUCAAAGCCUACAAUUUUAGAGCUAAGAAAGGUCAUGAAAGCUCCCAAGGAUUUACAAAGACUCACAUACACAUUUUUGGAUACAUUUAAGGAUGAAAUGUUGAACCCAUGUGUGACUACGAUCGAUGCACUAACGUCAUAUUUGAAAGCAAUCAAAGGGUUUCUGUUGUUGGAUCCUGCUGGUAGAUAUCUCAAUUUGGUCACAACAUUUGUCAAGCCAUAUUUCCAAGAUAAAUCUGAUCUUAUAAACAUUUUGCUAUAUGCAAUUUUGGAUUUGAAACCAAAGGAUUUUGAAGAUUUAAAUAUUUCUUAUAUUCCAGGAUUAAAUAAAUUAUCUCUAGAUAUGAGAGAGGAUCCAGAAUUUAGCAUUGAAAAUGUUGAGCCAAAUGAUAAUAAUUACAAGCGAACUGUUCCAAACUUAGAAAGCAUCGGCGCCAAUUCUUUGCAUGAUAAAGGUACAUUGAUUCAGGAUCACAUCAUGAAACAAUUCAUGAUGUGGGUGCCCGAGCCAAAUAUGAACAAUUUGGAAAAUGACCAUGAUAAUGGCAACGAUUUUGAAGAGGAUAACAAUGAUGUUACUGCCGUCAACUCCAUUUUCUAUAAUGUCAAUCUUCUAGAUAUCCUGUUGGAUUUAUUUGAAUCGAAGGAAAUAUUUAUUGGUAAAUUUGUUAACUUACUGACUAUAAAGUUCUUCAAACUACAAAAUUAUAGAGUGGAUCCAAAUUGGCAAAAAUGUCUUGAAUUAAUUAAUUCCAAAUUCAAUAGCUCCAAUAUAUCAAUGGACGAGAAAAUGGAGGAAGAUGUAGCUAUUGGAACGGUAAACCCUACAAACGAAAAUUAUGUGGAUGAAAAACGGAAAACUAAUGCUUCUAAUGACAUGGAAGAGAUUCAAAUAAGUUUGAACAAGAUUGAAGUCAUGCUAAAUGACAUAAGACACAGCGAAAAAUUUUCAUUCCAAAUAAGUUCUGAACUUAAUCGUUAUGGACUUCGAUCAAACAACGUGGGUAUUAAACCAAAAUUCAUUUCACCAUUGUAUUGGGAUUAUGAGGAUAAUGAACUGGGGGUCAACAAUUUUUUGAAGGAGAAUGUAUUUGAUGAGGAGUGUACAAAAGCUAUACUACAAUAUGCGUCUGAAUAUUGCUCGAUAAAUAAAGGUUUCGCCUUACACUACUGUAAAGGCAAAGAAAUGAUCGAAGUCGAAAUAUCGUUUAAUGACGGUGCAAUCAAAGGAUUUCUAGUUAAUGCAAGCCAAUACUACGUUUUGACACUUUUCGAUACCGGCAAUGAAAAACUUACGAUUGAGAGUAUCUUAACUGCAGGUGAGGCCAAAAGAUCAAAGAAUGAAAUCAUUGAUGCUUUGAAGUUUUGGGUAGAGAAAAAUGUGUUAGUGUAUGAAGGUGGAUAUUACUACAGCCGAGACCUACACAGUAUUGAAAAUUCCAAGGGCAACACAACAACCAGAACAGAUGACCUCCUGGUGAAAGAAGCGUUGCCGUACAUAAAGACCAUGCUCGAGAGUUUUGGUAACCUGAGUGCUAGUAGGAUACAGAAUUUUUUGAAAGCUACUUUGCCAGCAGCUCAGGACAGCGACCACAUAAUAACUGAUAUUCACUCAGUUUUGGAUACUCUUGUUUCCGACGGUAUUUUGUUUAAAAACAGCAGCGGCUCUUAUAAAUUGGCCGACGAAACGUGA